AUGUUACAAGGAGCACCAGAUCCAACAGCUGGUGGUCUUUCAUCGGAUAUAUCUGUUUGGUAUUUAGAUGAAACAAGUUUACAAGAAAAUAUUACUAAAACUUUACAUCGUUUUUGUCAACCAACACCACAAGUUGUUGGUGAUGUAACCUAUUUAACAAGUCCUCCUAUCUUAGCUACAACUGAAUAUUCAAAUCUUUUACGUCCAUUACGUGGUCGUGAACCCGAAGGUAUGUGGAAUUUAUUACAAAUCGUUCGUGAAAUGCUUGCUCGACAUGAUCUUAAUGGUACACAAUUACUUGAUAUUCUUACUCGUCAAUGUCUUGCUCAAGAACAAAUAAUUCAAUGGUGGUUUACAACAAAAGUUUCUAAUGUUUAUAAUGAACGUGGUACCAAUGGAUUAAAACCUCAUAAUACAUCAUUAGUUCAACAAGCAAGUUCAGCAUUAUGUGAUGAAAUCGUUCAAAUUUGGCGUUUAAUUGCACUUAAUCCACGUUUAAAUAAUGAUGAACGUAAUAUAGUUUAUAUGAAAUUAUGUUCAUGGCAUUUAUCUAUAAUUGAACGUAUAUGUAAACAAAAAACAACAACAACAAAUAUAUCAACAACAACAAAUGGUGUUUAUACAACAUCAACAAUUAAUUUAAAUAAUGAUCGUACAUUAAAUCAAAAACGACGUGAUAUUGAUAUAUUUCCAGGUUUUUUACCAGCUAUUGAAAUAUGUCAAAUUGAUUGGAAUAAUUAUCCAUAUUAUCCAAAUAAAAUUGAAGAAAAUAAUAAUAAUAAUCAACGUUUAUGGUCUGAAUAUAUUCGUUCAUAUGAUGAAUUAUUAACAGAUGGUUAUACAAAAUUAAAUUCAAAUACAAAUAUUAAUUUAAAUAUUCAACAACAAAUAAUAUCUCAUCCAAUAUUAAAUGUUCAUGAAGAAAUAAAUUCAAUUGUACAUGAUAAUAAUGAUAUAAUUAAUAAUAAUGAAAAAUGUCAAGAUAUUGAUAGUGGAGAAGAAUCAUGUAGUGGUGGUAUUAAUAUUGAUCAACAAUCAUCAUCAAAUAGUAGUGAUGAAUGUCGAAUUUAUUUUUCUGAUCAACAACAACAACAACAAUCAUUAAUUAAACUUCAACAAAUAAAACCAACAACAACAAUUGAACCAUAUAUAUUUAAAAUAUUAAAAAUAAUUAAUGAUCCAUUACAAAUUGCAUUUGUUCGAUGUGAAGCAUUACGUAUACAUGGUUAUCAUCAUGAAGUAUUUAAACUUGCUAAAGAAUUAGCUGAUUAUAUGCUUAAUAAUGAAGAAUAUUCAUCAUCUUCUCAAGCUUAUUUAGAUGUUCAUAUAUCAGAUUAUGCACAAUUUCCAAUAGCUCGUUGUGCAUUUUUAUGUACAAUAUUAAAUGAAUCAAUUGAAUAUCAACAACUUGCAUUUCGUAUUGGUUUACUUGGUCUUGAAAUAUGUCGUAUACCAGCAACAACAAAAGCACUUGAAGUACGUUUACUUAAUUGUGAACAAGAAAUAUGUCAAGAAUUAAAAAAAAUUAUACUUGGACAAAAUGAAAUUGAUAUAUUAAGACAACGUGCUGAACAUUUAUGUACACGUCUUUUAAAUAUACGUGAUGAUGGUAUAUUAUUACCACUUAGUUUAGCAACAUAUAUAUUUGAAACAUUAAGAUCACUUAGUUUAUAUCGUAUAAAUAUAAAUUCAAAUUCAAAUUUAUCAUUAUCACAAAAUUUUUCUAUAUUAUCAUCUAUAGAAAAUAAUAAUCAACUUAAUGAUUCGGAUGAAUUACUUGCAUUUGAUACAGCUAUUUGUGCACUUGGAGCUAAAUGUUAUAUAUCUGAAGCUCAAAAUCCAAUAUUAUGUGAAGGUAUUCGUCGUCAACGUAGUGAUCUUGCACUUAAUUUAUUAACAUUAUAUAAAGAUGAUCAAGGACGUUUAAUACAAAUUCUUGAUAAAUUACUUGAUCGUGAUAUACAUGUUUUAUUUAAAAAUCCAAAUAUAAAUCCAUUUAAUGUUGGUUCAAAAAAACUUAAUCAAACAUCAAUAUUAUCACAACAAACAAAUACAAAUUCAUCAUUAUUAUCAUCAUCAUCAUCAUCAUCAGUAUCAAAUCGUUCACAACAUAAAAAAUUAUUAACAACAACAACAACAACAGCAUCAAAUAUAAAUGGUGAACAAUUAACUGAAAUAGAUAGUUCUGGUUUAGAUGAAAGUGAAGGUGAAAAUUUUGAUCAAAAAGCAUGGGAAGCUAAAUUUCGUUGUUUAAAUUUAAAAACAAGUUCAAAACGUAUAUCAAAUGGUUUUACAAGUAUUGAUAGUAGUGCACCAGAAACAAAUUCAAGUGAUAAUUCACCAACUGUAUCACGUCGAAAUAUUCGUAUAUCAUCAUCAAAAGCAAAUGCUGAUUCAGAAAGUGAUAGUGAACGUGAUACAAUACAACGAAAUGUUCGAAAUGAAUCUCCAUCACGUAUGGAUAUGAAUAUAUCAUCACCAGAAAUUCUUUCUUCACCAACGCUUCAUUUAACAACAACAACAACAACAACAACAACAAGAAAUACUUCAACAAUACCAAAAUCUAUUAAUUUACAACAACAACAACAACAACAAUCUUCACCAAAUUCACAUAUAUUAAAACAUUCGAAAGGUCAUAUGAAUACAUCGAAUGGAAAAAAUCGUUCACCAUGUAUACCUAAUCAACCAUCUGAAGCAUUAUGUCAUUUCAUGUUUGAAUUAGCUAAAACACUUGUACAACGUGCUGGUGGUACAACAUCAACAUCACUUUUUGUUGGUCCAACACAUAAUUAUCCACCACCACAUAGAAAUUUACAUUUAUGUGCAAUAACAAUUGCACUUUAUGCACUUGGUGUUAAUAAUCAUGUUCAAAUAAAUUGGAUGAUACGUACAUAUUCAAGUCUUGUUUCAUGGAUAACAUCAACAGCUAUUGAUAUUGGUUUACAAGCAAUAUUAAUAUUAAUUGAAUGUUGGGAAGGACAAUUAACACCACCUGAAUGUGCUGCCAUAGCUGAUCGUGCAUCACGUUCACGUGAUAAUGCUGUUGUACGUACAGCUGCUGAAUUAGCAUUAUCAACAUUAAAAUAUGCACAUGCAUUAAAUGCAGCUGAAAUACGUCAAGCAUUAGCACAAUGUAAAGAACAAAAUAUUGAUAUGCUUGAACGUGCAUUAACAACAAUUGAAAAUGCCACACGUGAUGGUAAUUUAGUAUUUAUUGAUAUUUUAUUUGAAGUUGCUAAACGUUGGUAUGAAAUGUAUUAUGAACGUACAGGUGAUUCAUUAAAUAGUGAUGAUGAUACAACUGUUGUUGAUAUACGACAAACAUUUGAUAAUAAUCCAACUGUAACACCAACAAAUCCAAUUGAUUUACAUUGGACACAUACAAAUAGUACAAAUUCAUCAUCAACAACAACAUCACCAUCACCAAUGAUGUAUACAACAAAUAAUCAAAAUACAAAUUUUUCAACACCAUUUCAAUCACAUCCAUCAACACAUUUCAAUACUCAUGCUUAUAUGAUUCAAGCACAACAUGGCCCUCCACCACCACCACCACCUCCACCACCAAUGCAUCAUCAUCAAUUAGGAAGUUUUCAUCAACAAGUACCAUAUCAACAAAUCAUUCCAAUACAAUAUUCAUCUCAACAACAACAACAUUUUGCUUUUCAUACAGGUCCAACAAAUAAUUUUCAUCCGCAUUCACAUCAUCAUCGUCAUCCACCACCUCCACAAAUGGCUAAUGCUAUACUUGUUAGUCCAGGAAAUUUUCCUACAGCAUAUACUGUACAUCAUGUAACACAAACAGGAAAUCCACAAAUUUAUUCUCCUAAUCAAAAUCAACAGCAACAACAACAACAACAAACAUUUUAUCCUAUUAGACAAAUUCCAUUAGUUAUAUCACCAGUAACAGAACCAAAUGUUUCACCUUCAGCAACAACGACAACACAACAAACAAAUGUUACUAGUCCAAGUACAACACCAUCAGCUGAACAACAACAACAACAACAACAGCAAACGGAUCCAAAUCAUCGUCAAUAUUUACUUAAUGCAUUUCGUGUUGGUAUGUUAGCAAUGAAUACACUUGCAUUAGAACGAGCUCGUCAAAAUCAUGCACAUAUGGAACGACGUAGUGAACAAAAUCAUCCAACACCACGUUAUGGUGAAGAUGUCAAAUGGCUUUUAAAAAUUGCACUUAAAUUAGGCAAUGCUGAAUUACAAGAAUUUGUUACAACAGCAACAGCUGUUAUUGUUAAUCCAUAUUUAUUACAUAGUCUUGCAUUUAAUAUCUAUAAUGUUUCACAAAAUAAUCCAAAUGGUUCAUCAUCAAAUCAAAUAUUACGUUUACCAUUUGUACAAUCAUUAAUGCAAAAAUGUUUACAUGCAUAUACACGUUGUGUACAUAAUAAAAUGGCACAUAUGACAACAAAUAAUGAUAUUGAAGAAUUAACAUCAUUAAUGAAACAUGCACGUUCAGCAUUUUUAUUUAUGGGUAAUACAAGUGAUUAUCAAGGUUUAAUGAAUUUUGUUAAAACAUCAAAAAAAUGCAAAAAAGAUGUUUAUCCAAGACUUUGGCAAGCUAUUCAAAAUUAG